AGAGAGUCAGUCAGUGUGUCACGAGCAUUUGAGGGGGACGCACGCUGCCGUUCCUCCUCUUCCCCAUGUGCACGGCCGCCCUCACCUUACUUCUCCACGUCCCGUCUAUUAAUCCUACGUCCCUCGCCCUAAUUAAACGUACAAUUCAGAUAUUGACUUAUGAUUUUAUGAAGUGAUUGCAGUGAUCUUUUUGUGAAUGCAGUGGUGUGUUAUUAUUUCUACAGUCACGUACUAGAGGGAAGGAAAGUAUAUUGUGGUUUUUAGUGAUGAUGCAGCGGUGACAGUGACGAUGGUGAUGGUGAUGGUGGUGGUGAUGGUGGCGGUGAUUCACUCCUGUGCUUCUUCUUCUCUCAUCGAAACUUCUGAUUUGUGGCUGGAGGUGUGAGAGCAGACAACGACGAGGCCUGAGAAUGGUGUCGCGCGGCGGGUGGUGGUGGCGGUGGUGGUGCUGCUGGGCGUGGUGGUUGGCAGGGGCGGGGUCGGGAUGGGGCGCGGUCAUCCCGCCGCCAUGGGUCAACCACACCUUAACCCGUGCGCUGCAGAGUCGUGGCAGCUGCUUCUGUGGCCCAGGGACUCCUCCUGCCACCGAAUAUUCACUCAGGGUCCGUGUGGGGAGACUCAAGAAUUUUACUUCAACGUGGCGGCAGGGGAGGGCCAGUGCCGGUGUCCUCGAGGCAGCCUCCUGCACCCUGACUCCCGCCGCUGCCACUCCCGCUUCUCCCGAGGACCCUGCCUGCCCAGGGAGUACAUAGACAGAUACGGGAAGGAUCUGCGGCAUGGAGAAGGGACGUGCCGCCCAUUCGACGAGUGUCCGCCCGGCCAGGUGUUCUGGCCGCCCGAUGGCCAGUGUUACCAACACCACACCCGCGGCCCUUGUCUCAAUGGUUAUCUCAUCUACGUCAACCCCAACACCGGGUUCCCGGACUGUGGGUGUGAGCGGACCGUCAUGUUCAGCAACUACUGGGCCUUGACGGGCCUAUGUUUCGAGCUGUUCCAGCGCGGGCCGUGCCUGGACGGCACCAUCUUCCUGUACAAUGCCACACGCGGCGCCACGCAGUGUGGAUGCAGCCCCUCCAUCCUCACCAACUACCACCAGGACAGCGGCAGCUGCUACGAGCUUGGCCAGCGGGGACCCUGCCGCCCAGGCCAGCUGCUUGCCUUCAGUCCCGACACCCUGGCCACCCGAUGUACCUGCAGACCUGAUCACGCCUUGUGGUCACCCAAUGGUGCCUGCUACCUCCUGUACUCCCGCGGGCCAUGCUCCAAAGGACACUUCUUCAUUCCUGCUACCAAUGGCACGGGCAAGUGCCAGCUGUACCCUUGCUCUGGGACAAGACGCUACCAUCCGUCCUCAGAUACAUGCUAUAGAUUGGGACGGCGAGGGCCCUGUCCCCUCGGCAGCCUAUUUAUCUAUGAUGAGGACACACCGCUGCGAGGCACGUGCGGCUGCAUGCCAGAACUGGUAGGCUUCUGGCCCAAAGACAGUCGUUGCUACGAGGUGGGGAGCCGCGGGCCCUGUCCCCGACGGCAGGUCCUGGAUCACGACAAGACCAGCGCCAAGGCCCAUUGCAUCUGUGAUCUGAGAAAGGGGUAUAUAGCCUGGGAGGACGACAGCUGCCACCUGCUGAACACGCGCGGCCCUUGCCCCGCUGGACAGCGCCUUAUGGUGAAGCAGUGGCGGCCCCUCACUCCUGUGUGCACCUCAGACCCCGCCGUGCCCCUCACCCUGGAGCAGGACACGCCUGGGGCAGACUCUCCCUCACAGUUCCAAAUGAGUAACAGCGUGACGGCCGCGCGGGGAGACGACACCUUCAACGUGGGGGACACCAAUGCAACCCUGGCGCCUCCCACCUCUACCUCCCUCCCAGGCCCGGCGCCAGCCCCUGCCAGCACCCCCGGGACACGGUCUGGGCGCUCCAUGUCAGCAGGAGGCGAGGCUCGGGGUCUUCUGGAUUCAACUCAUUUCCUACUGCCGGAGGAGGACGAUGAGUCUAGUACUUUCUAUACAGGCCAUCCCGAGGGGCGUCGUUCCCUAGAUCCCUGGUGGGGCACCCCGGUGCCUCCGUCCUGACCCUCGUCCCUCGCUAUUUCCUCAGUGGGCAUUAUCUUCCAGCGGCAUCAGCGCCACCUGCCUGUGAUACCUCGCACUUUCCUCCCCGACGACCAUUCCGGUGCCUCGCCGCCUGUGCCGCCCCGCCUCGCGUGACUGCGAUGCCUGGACUCCAGUCAUUACAAGCUCUUCAUUGAACAUGCCUCAGGGGCGAGAGGCGAGCCAGACUGUCACGGCGACUCUAAAUGGUGCAUGGCGCAUAUGGCCAGCCAAUGACGUAAAAAAAGCUCCUGCUGCUAAUGAUGAUGACAGUGAUGCUAAUGGUAACGAUAGUGAUAAUACUUUAAGCAUUAAGACAAUAGAGCACCGAGCAGCAAGCACUCACGAGGCAGAGUCUUUACGUCUCUUCCUUGACAGCAAAUAAUGACACUCAAGAUAAUGAUGCCGACCACGACAAGGAAAGCCCAGCGUGAAGGGAAAGUCUGGGAGGCGAGGGAGGGAAGCGUGAACAGCGUGCUUUCAAGUGUGUCUGGCCAUACAGCUGCCUGUCUGUCUGUGUGUCUGCCAGCGUGUCUUUCAGUCUGUUAUCAUCGCCCUGUACACACACAACUCGUCCGUUUGUUUGCUCAUCCGUCAUUCUGUCUAUCACUGAUUCUCUUAAAUGCAUUGAAUGGAUUUCA